AUGUCGACCUGCAUCAAGGACUGUCGCGAGAUUUUUACACGAUGGCGACGGAGAUGGUCUGACGGCCUCCCUGCCAAAUCGGCCUCGAUGCACGUUGGCUGGGGUCAAUAUAGAUGGUGCAUUGCUCUGGGGAGGCUGGUGAGCCGCUACUGCAGAUUUAAGGAGCUCUCGGAAUUCGCCUCGGGGCCGGAACUUGACUAUAACUAUGCUCAGCAGUACAUGGCCCUUAGUGCCGUCAAGUGUUCAAGAGCUCUGCACCAGAACCACAUCUGCGGCAAGAAUAUUUGGGCAGGAAACGUACUGGAAACAUUGCGACCUCUGCUUGAAAAGAGCGAGCGGGCUAGAGACAGUCCUGCGUGGAAGAAAUGGAAGAAUGCGAGGCUCUGGGCCUUCUACGUCGGUGCUAGAUAUGAAGGACGCGAGCAGCAGCCUGCUUUGAGCAGCGACUUGUUUGAUGGCUGGUUCCAUGAGCAGUUUGCCCGUCAGGUCCAUGAUAUGAGACUUCUCACGUGGGACGAUACUGUCCAGAUUCUGAACGCGUUCCUCUUCGACUCCUCCGCUCCACAAGCGCAAAGGUCUUGGUUCCAAGAGACUGAGAAACUGAAGGCUGCGGCUAUUGCUGAGGUUGGGGUGUCGGAUAAAGGGGUCCUGGGUCGAGCCGAGUAG